CGCAGUUCCGGACCUAUUUAAGCAGUUUACAGCCGGCAGUUUACGCAGAUGUGGGGAAACUUGCACGUACCCAAAGUUCGAAAUCAAACUCGGGCAAUACCUGAUAUUUUACAGUUCAGCGCAGAUUCAGUGAUCUGAAAUAACCAUCGGAAACCAUUGAGACUCGCGUCAGAUGACUAGGAUGGAGACCGCAAAUAACGACACAUCGCCAAACCCUCUCCAUCUGCAGAUGGGUGGCGACUCCGGCGCCCAACCUGGCAGCGGCGAUGGCAAUGCGUAUCUGUACAUUUUAAUAGUCAUGUCUUUUUACGGGGUGUUUCUGUGCGGGAUCAUGCUGGGUUAUAUCCGGUCCAAGAGGCGAGAGAAGAAGCCGAACGUGUUCACGCAUUUAAUCUAUGAGGAGGAGAAGCGCGAGUGGGGGGCCGUUCAGAAGAAGCACAGCCUGACCCUUCCCAUUAGCGCGGGUCUCAGGUCCGUCCAAGUGUCGCUCCCUUUUGGUGGGACCCUGUACAACGGCAAGCUUCCGGCGCCGCUCUCGUGCGCCCUGUGUUCCGUGGAGCAGAGCAGCGCGAGCUCCCUCUGCUCCUCCGCCGACGUGCACUUCGCCAUAGAGGAGGAGUCGGACAGCGGCACUGCCGAGGUUGCGGAGGAGGCACUCAGGGGAUGUCCGGACAACUGCGACGAUUCCGCGGAUGUUCUCAAAGAACGCUGGUGACAGAGGGAAUCCUGAAAAAGUGCGGGAGAGGAAGUACGCGUAAACUGCGUCUCUCUCCAAAUGAAGGUUUAUUUUGGACUAUUUAUUGGAGGGCAUAAGAACUCUGGCCUGUGUAUUUUCAGAACUGAAAUUCACCUGGGAACCACUUGAAACUUGAUAUGCUUUUUCGAGAUUAAAAAAAUAAAAUGAGCAAUGCUGCGUAGAUGUUCAUCGCCUUCUUACUAUACAUUUUAUCCCGUUUUCAAAUGUAUAUAUUACAAAACCAUUUGUAUAUAUUGUUCCCUGAUUUCUUCAGUGAUUUCAUGCAAUUAUUUAAACUACAACUUAGUCACUUUUCAUAGUGAAAUAAAGUUUGUUUUUCGUUUACAAAAA